UUUAACCUACUCUAUAUCUUAUGAUCACAAUAUUCAUCAAUUCUAGUUUGAAAAAUAUUACUUAAAAGAUAACAAAUGCGGUAAGUAAAUUGCAAAUUAUUUGUGGCUCGAUCAUGUUUUCUGGCAGGGUCAGAGGUCAAACAAGUACACAUGCAAGCAUGGAGGAAGAAAAUAUUGAAGAUAUGGAUGGAAAUAGCGAAAGUUCUGAUGACCAGGAGGAAGAAAUGGAAGAUGAACAGGUUGAGAACAAAACUUACCUACCUGGGCAACAAAUGGAAGACGGAGAAGAGCUUGUAUGCGAUGAAUCUGCCUACAAAAUGUACCAUCAAGCCUCAACUGGUGCACCAUGUUUGAGUUUUGACAUCCUCAAGGACAACAUGGGAAAUGACAGAGAAGAUUUCCCCCUGACAUGCUACAUGGUAUCAGGUACCCAGGCAGAGAGAUCACACACUAACAAUGUCAUAGUAAUGAAGCUGAGCAACCUGCAGGCAACUAAGAACAAGAAUGGAGAUGAUGAUGAUGACGAUGACUCAGAUGAAGAUUCAGACUCGGAGAUGGAGGGGCCUGAAUUGGAGGCAGCUAUGAUAAAGCAUGUAGGAGUGGUUAACAGGAUCAGGACGACACAGUACAAGGAGAAAGCCCUAGCUGCCACGUGGUCUGACACAGGAAAGGUCCAUAUAUGGGACCUGUCACGCCCACUUCAGGCUGUCAAUGAUCCAGACACUAUGGCAACCUAUACUCGGAAUGUUGAGUCACCUCCUCCUGUGUUUACAUUCAGUGGUCACCUGACUGAAGGUUAUGCUAUUGAUUGGUCCAUUGCAAAGCCAGGUCACCUAGCAACUGGAGACUGCAAAAACAACAUCCAUCUGUGGAAGCCAAGGGAGAAUGACUGGCAUGUGGAUCAGAGGCCUUAUACUGCACAUGCAGGUUCUGUGGAGGAUAUACAAUGGUCACCUAAUGAAGCAGAGGUGUUUGCUUCAUGUUCUGUGGAUAAAUCCAUUCGUAUCUGGGAUGCAAGGGCUCCACCAAAUAAGGCAUGUAUGUUGACUUCCGAGAAUGCUCACAGUGCAGAUGUUAACGUCAUUAGUUGGUCUCACAAUGAGCCUCUUAUGGUGUCUGGCGGGGAUGAUGGUAUGAUUAAAGUAUGGGACCUAAGGCAGUUUCAGCAUGGUAAACCAGCAGCUUCAUUCAAGCACCACAGUGCACCAAUCACAUCAGUGGAAUGGAACUUUAAAGACAGUACAGUGUUUGCCGCUUCAGGGGCAGACAAUCAAUUGACUCUAUGGGACUUAGCUGUAGAAGCAGACUCAGGAGAGUCCUCUGAUAAGACUUUACAGGAUGUACCACCACAGUUAUUGUUUAUACAUCAAGGACAGAAAGAUAUUAAGGAGUUACAUUGGCACCCCCAGUUACCAGGCGUCAUCAUUAGUACAGCAGAGUCAGGAUUUAAUGUCUUUCGGACUAUAAGUGUGUAACUGGUGUAUGAGGGUAUCCACCAGGGGGCAGCAUAAGUGCUAGUCCAGUUG